CGCGCACCUCACACAAGUUGUCGCAACUUUGCCAAUCGGGUAUUAAUUGAUUUUACGAAAAGAAAAUUGAAGAAGUAUAUCGAAAGGACGCGCGAAUUUUACGAGAGAAGUGAAGUGAAAUUUUACGAAAUAAGAAGAGAGUGUAAACUUAAAACUAGCAACAACAAUUGGUUGCAAAAAAAAAAACAACUAUGAAAAAUCAAACAAAAAUGCUCACCACUUACCAAAUUACCGGCGCCAUCAUAUUUUUAUUCGCACACUUCCUCACCGCCUCCAGCACACCUCUGCCGAAAAUCGAAGCGCUCGGUGCACUUGAAGCAUUGGACUAUGCACAACGGCCGAACGAAGUGUUGCCCAUUCAACCUUUACUACUCUAUCCGACGUCACGCAAUUUGCAACUCCAAGGUCGCGAACUGGAGGAUGAUGACAAUGAAAUUAUUUUUGUGAAACUAUUGAAGCGUAAAGCCUACCGCCCGACAAACCAGCACUCGAAUGAAUUGAAUGAUGCGAGCAAUGUGCCACGUGAACUUACGAUGAAGGAUAUCUUCUAUGUUAAGGCGCUGGCCAAUGGUCAAUUUAGUCAUCAGCGCCUCAAAUUGUAUCGACUACCGGAAUUUUAUGCGAUAACUGUGUUUCGCAAGGGAGUCAAACUGUGAACAGUUAUUGAAAUGCACGUACGCACUUACGUGGGUGUGUGCGUGUGUACGUGUAGGUGCAUAGUGGUAAAUUGAAAAAUUAAUUAUAAACAAUAUUUCAAUGGAAUAUCUUCAGCUCAUUUGUUGUAUUGUGUUUUUUUUUUGUAGGUGAUUAGGUUAAGUGCUGCUUACUGCUUAGAUACAAAAUAUUGUAUGGCUUAUUGUGAUUGAUUUCUUGUGUGUGUUUAAAUAGUUAUAAA